AUGUUCUUUUUCUUUACUUUAUCUUCUUUUUUGUGCUUCAAUUUUCCCUUUUGUUUGUCAUUUUACAAAAAAUCCUGUUCAUUACAUUCUCUCAAGCAUCAUUCUUUUUACAAUUUCCUCUUCUGUCAGCCAUUUUUUUUUAUUUCACUGUUAGAUCUUUUUAUUUAUUUUAUUUUCAUUUUCUCACAUUUUUUUCUUACCUUUUCAUUUUUUUUUCUUUAUCUGUUCUUGUUUUUUUUUUUUUUUGUAUGUGUCUUUUAUUUACUUCACAAGAGUAUUUCUUUCUUUCAUCAGCCCAAAUCAUUCCUUUCUUUCUUUAUCUAUCUCAUUCAUCAUUUCUUUCUUUCUUCAUCUAUCUCAUUCAUUGUUUCUUUCUUUCUAGCCUUCUUCAUUUAUCUCAUUCAUUGCUUCUUUCUUUCUAGCCUUCUUCAUUAUCUCAUUCAUUGUUUCUUUCUUUCUAGCCUUCUUCAUUUAUCUCAUUCAUUGUUUCUUUUCUUUUCUAGCCUUUCUUUUAUCUCAUUCAUUGCUUCUUUUCUAGCCUUCUUCAUUUAUCUCAUUCAUUGCUUCUUUCUUUCUAGCCUUCUUCAUUAUCUCAUUCAUUGUUUCUUUCUUUCUAGCCUUUUCAUCUUCUCAUCCAUUGUUUCUUUCUUUCUAUCUUCAUUUAUCAUUCAUUGCUUCUUUCUUUCUAGCCUUCUUCAGUUAUCUCAUUCAUUGCUUCUUUCUUUUCUAGCUUUCUUUCCUUCUUCAGUUAUCUCAUUCAUUGUUUCUUUCUUUCUAGCCUUCUUCAUUUUAUCUCAUCCAUUGUUUCUUUCUUUUCUAGCUUUCUUCAUCUAUCUCAUUCAUUGCUUCUUUCUUUCUAGCCUUCUUCAGUUAUCUCAUUCAUUGUUUCUUUCUUUUCUAGCCUUCUUCAUCUAUCUCAUCCAUUCCUUCUUCAUCUAUCUCAUUCAUUGUUUCUUUUCUUUUCUAGAUUUCUUCAUCUAUCUCAUCCAUUGUUUCUUUCUUUCUAGCCUUCUUCAUCUAUGUCAUUCAUUGUUUCUUUCUUUUCUAGCUUUCUUCGUCUAUCUCAUUCACUGUUUCUUUCUUUCUAGCUUUCUUCGUCUAUCUCAUUCAUUGUUUCCUUCUUCAUCUAUCUCAUCCAUUGUUUCUUUCUUUCUAGCUUUCUUCAUCUAUCUCAUUCAUUGUUUGUUUCUUUCUAGCCUUCUUCAUCUAUCUCAUUCAUUGUUUCUUUCUUCGUCUAUCUCAUUCAUUGUUUCUUUCUUUCUAGCCUUCUUCAUCUAUCUCAUUCAUUGUUUCUUUCUAUCUACCUUCUUCAUCUACUCGUUCACUGUUUCUUUCUUUCUAGCUUUCUUUAUCUAUCUCAUUCAUUGUUUCUCUCUUUCUAGCUUUCUUCAUCUAUCUCAUUCAUUGUUUCUUUCUAGCUUUCUUCAUCUACUCCUUUCUUCGUCUAUCUCAUUCAUUGUUUCUUUUCUUUUUAACUUUCUUCAUCUAUCUCAUUCAUUGUGUCUUUCUUUUAGCUUUCUUCAUCUAUCUCAUUCACUAUUUCUUUCUAUCUAUCUAUCUAUCUAUCUAUCUAUCUCAUUCAUUAUUUCUUCCUUUUCUAGUUUUUUCCUUCAUCAAUCUUUCUGUAUUUCAUUCAUUGUAUCUCUCUUUCUAGCUUUCUUCUUUAAUCUAUCUUUCUCUAUAUCAUUCAGUGUUUCUUUCUAUCUAUCUAUCUAUCUAUCUAUCUAUGUAAUGUUGUUCCUCAUCUAUCUAUUCUCAAUCUCACUUUCUUUUCUCGAAAAUAUAACUUCUCAUUCAAUAAUCAAAAUUGAGCAGCAUCAAGCUGGAUCCUUACUUAGAUGGAUGAUCGUAUUGGAACACUUGUAUAUUUUCUGUAAACGCUUACAAUCUGAAAUAGGCAUUCUCUUCAUUUUCUUUCUUUUUCGCCUUCAUUUGUCUAUGUCACUCCUAUUUAUAUCUAUCUGUGGCUUUAUUUUAUGGUUCAAAUAUGUGGAAAUUUUUUCUUAUUUCUUUUUUUGCUAUCCAUUGAGCUUUGAUCUUAUUUACCUUCCUUAUCUAUCAAUCUAUAUACCUAUCUUUCUUAUCUAUCUAUGUUCCUUACCUACAUUCUUUGUUUCUAUCUUUCUCUAUUCUUUCAAUCUUUCUCUAUUUUUUAUCUAUCUUUUUUAUUCUUUCUUUAUUUUUAUCUUUCUCUAUUCUUUUUAUGUUUCUAUCUUUCUCUAUUCUUUCUAUCUUUCUCUAUUCUUUUUAUGUUACUAUUUAUCUUUCUCUAUUCUUUCUAUCUUUCUCUAUUCAUUUUAUGUUUCUAUCUAUCUUUCUCUAUUCUUUCUAUCUUUUUCUAUUCUUUUUAUGUUUCUAUCUAUCUUUCUCUAUUCUUUCUUUCUCUAUUCAUUUUAUGUUUCUAUCUAUCUUUCUCUAUUCUUUCUAUCUUUCUAUCUAUCUUUCUCUAUUCUUUCUAUCUAUCUUUUUCUAUUCUUUCUUUAUUUCUAUCUACCUUUCUCUUUUUUAUUUGUUUCUCUUUUCUAUCUUUCUCUACUUUUUAUGUUUCUAUCUAUCUUUCUCUAUUUUUGUAUCUAUCUAUCUUUAUUCUUUCUUUUUUCUAUUCUUUCUUUUUUCUAUUCUUUCUUUGUUUCUAUCUAUCUUUCUCUAUCUUUAUUCUUUCUUUGUUUUUAUUUAUUUUUCUCUAUUCUUUCUAUCUUUCUCUAUUCUUUUUAUGUUUUUAUGUAUCUUUCUCUAUUCUUUCUGUCUAUUUUUGUCUAUUCCUUCUUUCUUUCUAUUUAUCUUUUCUAA